GCGCGAGGUUCAACGCCUACUUUUGCAGACCGGAAGGUGAAAAGGACUUCUCACAGGAGUAUUUAAUCCUUUCGACACACACUAUCUGUGUAUCGUGACAGGUUGCUGUCCACGAAGGACGUUAAUUACGCGUUUGCCUAGUUAAACGUUAACUCACGAGGUCAGGUUAUAUGUUUUUAUUGUCCUCGAGCCAACGGCAGCAUCCCGCAGGAGCUGGAGUACGGAGACAGAUUAAGGGAAUGAAGAUAUACCGACUGGGACAAUGACGGAGAGGUGGGGGAGGUAAACAACCCCGAAGCGACCCACCCACGCUCCGACUCCCUACCGUCAGUCCUCCUGCCUCAAGCAUGGAGCAGGACGCUGCAGCAGCUCCGGAGGACGCAGACUCCCAGCCGACGUACAGGGUAGAGCGCCCGGUCUACGAUGAAGCCCUCGUCCGGUCGCGGCUCCUCAGCCGCAGAGACCACUCCACGACCCUCGGACAGAGGCUGGCGCACCAGUUACGGUGUUCAUCAGAGAAGGCCAAGGCGGCAGCCCUGAGCUUCCUGCCCAUUCUAACAUGGCUGCCGUCUUAUCCGGUCAAGCAGUACCUGUUUUCUGAUGUGGUCUCGGGUCUCAGCACGGGAGUUGUGCAGCUCCCUCAAGGUCUGGCCUAUGCCAUGCUGGCUGCUGUGCCCCCAGUCUAUGGUCUGUACUCGUCUUUCUACCCCGUCCUGCUCUACACCUUCUUUGGGACGUCCAGACACAUCUCCAUAGGCACCUUUGCCGUGAUAAGUCUGAUGAUCGGGAGUGUCGCAGUGAGGGAGGCCCCGGACUCCAUGUUCUACGUCCCGCCCGCCAACGGAUCCAACGCGUCUGCCGUCCUGGACGUGGAGGCUCGGGAUGCCAGGCGGGUGCAGGUGGCCGUGGUGCUCACAACCCUGGUGGGAAUCAUCCAGUUUGUGCUGGGUCUCCUCAGGUUUGGUUUUGUGGCGAUCUACCUCACAGAGCCGCUGGUGCGAGGCUUCACCACAGCGGCAUCGGUGCACGUUGUCGUCUCUCAGCUGAAGUACCUGCUGGGGGUGAAAACGCAGCGCUUCAGCGGGCCCCUCUCUGCUAUUUACAGCGUCAAGGCGGUCCUCUGUGACAUCACAAGCACCAACGUCUCCACGCUCAUCCUGGGCCUCGUGUGCUUCGUCUUCCUGUUCGUGAUCAAAGACCUCAACGAGCGCUUCAAGAAGAAGCUGCCCAUUCCCAUCCCUGGAGAGAUCAUCGUGGUCAUUGUGUCAACCGGCGUCUCUUAUGGCAUGUCCCUAUCGGAGGACUACAAGGUGGACGUGGUUGGGAAGAUACCCACCGGGCUCCUCCCUCCCACGGCCCCGGAGUUCUCCCUGUUGCCCAGUUUGGUCGCAGACUCCUUCGCCGUAGCCAUUGUGGGAUUCUCAAUGGGCAUCUCGCUCGCCAAGACCUUUGCCCUGAAGCACGGCUACAGCGUGGACGGCAACCAGGAGCUGAUUGCCCUCGGCCUGUGUAACUUCAUCAGCUCUUUCUUCCAAACCUUCGCCAUCACCUGCUCCAUGUCGAGGAGUCUGGUGCAGGAGAGCACUGGUGGAAAAACCCAGAUAGCGGGACUGCUCGGGUCUCUCUUGGUGCUGCUGGUGGUGGUUGCCAUUGGUUUCGUCUUCCAGCCGCUCCCUCAGACGGCGCUGGCCGCCAUCAUCAUGGUGAACCUGUUGGGGAUGUUCAAACAGUUCAGAGACAUUCCCGCUCUGUGGAGGAACAGCAGCAUCGAGCUGGCCAUCUGGCUCGUGGCCUUCGUAGCGUCCGUGCUGCUAGGACUGGACUAUGGCCUCCUGGCGGCCAUCGCCUUCGCCAUACUAACGGUCAUCUACAGAACACAGAGCCCUGAAAGUGCCAUCCUGGGUCAUGUUCCGGGCACAGGGCUGUACUGUGACGUGGAUCAGUACGAAGAGGCGGCUGAAUACGACGGGAUCAAGAUUUUCCUCUACAACUCUUCAAUCUACUUCGCCAACAGUGAGCUUUAUGUGAACGCCCUCAAGAAGAAGACGGGAGUGAACCCCGAGCGCUUGCAAGCCGCCCGGAAAGCCCAAAAAAAACGGGCCGGGAAGGCGAACGGCAACCCCAGCGGCCCACUGAAGGUGACGUGUGCCGAGGAGCGGGGCGUGACCCAUGAGGUUUUGUCCUAUGAGAACGCGGAGAAGGAGCAGGGGAACGGCCAGUUGGGGGACAGACACGGCGAGGAGGCGGUCUUCCUCGAGCCCCUCGGCGCCGUCCACUCCAUCAUCCUGGACUGGACCCCCGCCAGCUUCAUCGACUCCGUCGGGGCCAAAGCCGUCAAACAGGUUGUUAAGGAAUAUGCAGCGGUGGACGUCCGAGUGGUGAUAGCCAGCUGCAGCCGAACCCUGCUGUCUGAGCUGGACACCUUACAGUUUUUCACGGGGGUCCUGACCCCAGAGAUGGUGUUCCCCACCGUCCACGAUGCAGUACUGCGCUGUCAGCACUCAGCCGGCAGCCUUUCGAACAACGGGACCACCUGACGGGUGACGGGACCAGAAGACACCUGGUCCGGCCUUGGGACUGCAGACCUGGAGGGAGGGGAGGGGAGG